AUGGCGGAAGCUCUAAGAGACCUGCUGGCACCCGAUCAGGCGAACGACCCAUCUGCCCUGGAGUACCUGACCUAUCUUGCCGAACAAGAGUCCAGCUCCCUUCAAUCAUCCGAGCCUCAAGUCUUAUCUCAGACCUCCCAUUCCCUACUGCUUGCCGUACAAGCGCUUUCGAAGAGAUCCCACAAACCCGUCGUUGAUUCAGCCGCGAGCCAUGCUUCGCUACGAACGUCCCUACCGACUCUGGCCCAGCGAGCCUCAGAUCUUGUCCAGGCAGUGCCCCGACUAGAUGCGCAAGCAGAACACUUCUCGUCGGCUUUUGGCAAGGCCAGCGAGAGCAAGUUACUGGCGCGGAGAAAACAGGCACUCCUACUACUUCGAAACUCGGAACGUCUUGUUGAUGUCAUGGAAAUGCCUCUCCUUCUCUCGUCCGCUGUCUCGACCGCACCGGUCAAUCAUUCCUCUACGCUCGAGCUUUACGCGCACGUCCGACGGCUUGCUUCCCUCUACCCAGACUCACCGCUUGUCACGUCGGUCCUAGGCGAGGCGGAUGCUGCCAUUCGGCAGAUGGCUGCAGAUCUCAUUGGAACGCUCAAAGCACCCAAUCUCAAGCUUGCCGCUGCCGUUCGAACGAUGGGCUGGCUGAAACGAAUCGUUCCAGAUCUGGUGACUGAUGCAUCAACUGAAGACGCACUCCCGGCCGUCUUCUUGGUCUGCCGUUUGUCUACGCUCUUGACAACACUGGAAGCACUGGAACCUCUAAGAGACCUAGCAGAUGAGGAACGACUUCGAAAGGACAAAGCUACCAGCACGUGGUCAGGCGGCCAGCAGACAGAGCGGUACCUGAAACGAUUUAUCGAGAUAUUCCGCGAACAGAGCUUUAGCAUUGUCUCGGUGUUUAAGAGCAUAAAUUCGAGCUUCGCGACGCACGGGAAGAACGACGAAAAUGAUCCUUUGGGAGCACUGCCUUCCCCAAUGGCUGACUUUCCCCUCCAUAUGGUAGAGAUGCUUGUCGAAACGCUGCGAAUCUAUCUGCCAACCGUCAAAGACCAGACAUCGAGGGAAAGCAUUUUGACGCAGGUACUUUACUGCGCGGGCAGUCUGGGGAGGCUGGGCGCUGACUUCGGCAUGCUUCUUGCUUCGAUCGGUAUAAAUGAAUGGGUUGAGCUUGUCAAACGCCACCGUCUUCUGGCUGGCCGUCUUGAGUCUGUGAUAGGCGAUUAUCGGGGUAACAAUGCCAGUGGCGUUGGCGCGAACUGA